AUGGCAGCAGCUAAGAACGACCCUACCGUCAUCAGUGAGGGUGAAGAAUCAACCAGAACUGUACAGUCCAAGGAUGAUUUGCACUUCGCUCGUCGCGGGGCCGACAUCGAUGAGGCGAUAGCGACGGGGGAUAUCUCAGGCUUCGACGCCGAGCGCAUGCGGGCUCGCGCGUCCUUGACGGCCGAGGAAGAGAGGAAACUCAUGCGCAAAGUUGACCUGCGCAUCAUGACCCUGUGCUCCCUUCUGUUCCUCUUCAAAAACAUUGAUUCGGACAACAUAUCAAAUGCCAGGAUUAUGAACAGAGGAACUGAUAGAAAUAUCAUGACACAACUGGGCUUGACAUCGGAUGAGUACAAUUUGCUCACUGUAUUUUAUUAUGUGCCAUACAUCCUUGGAGAAGCCCCGUCAAACCUGCUGUUGAAGAGAGCAAGCCCCAGCACCUGGCAGUCCAGAAUCAUGGUGUCUUGGGGGAUUGCUCUCCUAUGCCAUGUGCCUGUGACGAAUAAGGCUGGGAUAUGGGCAACUCGGUUUCUUCUCGGAUUGGCCGAGGCCGGCAUGUUUCCAGGAGUGAUUUUGCAAAUGUGUUACUGGUACCGUCCGGAUGAGAUGUCGAUUCGAUUGCUUUAUUUUUACAUUCUUGGAAACUUUUCUGGCGUAGUGAGCGGUCUUUUAGCAUUUGCUUUCGACAGCAUUUCAGGUGCAGCAGGGCUAUCAGGAUGGCAAUGGCUGUUCCUCGUGGAGGGUGUGGUGACAGUAAUCUUCGGCGUGAUCAUCUACUUUAUCCUACCUGAUUUCCCGCCUACGGCAAAGUGGCUCACUGAGAAAGAAAGGGCUUUUAUUCAGGCUCGCCUCCCCCCCAAUGCACCUCGAGCGGAAGAAAUGGAUUUCAAGUUUAGUGAGAUCAUCUCCUCACUAAGAGACAAACGACUUUGGCUCUUCACCUUGAUCUGGGCCACCUUUACUAUCGGGACUAGCGGUGUCCGGUUUUAUCAGCCGACAGUUAUUGCAAACCUUGGUUUCACGACGAUUGCACGCGCCCAACUCCUCAACCUACCCAUCUCAAUACUUUCUAUCGUCGUCAUCGGCAUUACAGGCUGGUUUGCCGAUAAUGGCAGACUACCCAGACCGGUUUACCCUCUGACGCUCAUGGCCAUUAUCCUGGCUUGCUACGGCGUCCUGGUAGCAUACCCUAGCAACGGCGCCGUAUACACGGCCACUCUCAUCGGCAAUGCCGUGACUUCAGCCUGGUUUCCAAUGAUGUGGCCGUGGCGUGUGCAGACGACGUCCCGUGCAACAGGCUCGGCAUUCUCUAUCGGAUUUGUCAAUAGCUACGGCCAGAUUGGCGGUGCGGUCGGGCCGCAGAUUUUCCUGAGCAAGUAUGCACCGAGAUAUACGCAGAGCUUCGGUGCCGCCAUGGCUUGUGUUGGAGCCUGUGUCGCUGUUACUUUGGUUACUUGGUGGGUGACUCGGAAGAUCGAACGCGAGACACGGAGGUUGAAGAGGGCAAAAGUCAAGGCUAGCAAGGAUGGGUUGGCGGUUUUGGACGAUGUAGCUGUCUGA